AUGCAAGUAAGAGACACGCUUCAUUUGGAAGUUAAUCUGUCAUGGUCAGCGUAUUGUGAUGUUAACAUGCCCCUUGAAGGACUGCAGGAGUGCUUGCCACGCUUAAUACCAACUUUGGUGUCAAACAUGGUCUACACUGAGGAUGAUGAAUCGCUUGUAGAUGCUGAGGAUCUAAAAUAUAGGAAUCAACAAAAAAGUCCAUUUUGGCUUACUACUAUAUUUCCAUGGCAUAUGUCCGAUGUCAGGCCUCUUAUAUGUGCUUUCGACUUACUUGAUCGUAUUUUAGUUGCUCGUGAUUCUGCCUUGUCCUAG